AUGAAGGUCGAAGAUUUGAUGGACCAUGAGAUCGAGGAGAUAAAGAAGGGUUUCAAGUACUUCGACAAAUCCAACACUGGUAAAAUAAAAACUGAGGAGGUCGGCCUGUGUCUGCGAUGGCUGAAGCUGGUACCCACACAGGCUCAAAUAGCAGCCUUCAUGGAACUGGGCGACCCUGAAAAACGUGGUAGGAUCAGUUUUGAAACCUUCUUGUCCAUGGCUGCCCAACUCUGGUGUUCCGACGCUCAGAAGCGAGAAGGUGAAAUCUGGGGUGCGUUCCUCUGCUUCGAUAAGGCCGACAAAGGAAAACUGCCUGCCGAGGAAGUAAAAAAGAUUCUGUUAGAAUACGGGGAAGAACCGAUUCCGGAGAAGGAAGCCAACGCCAUAAUAAAAUCCUUCGUGGACAAAAAGGAGAACAUGGUGGAGUAUGGUUACAUAAUACGUGCCUGGCAAAAGUGA